AUGUGCGACCUAGUCUUUUCUACACCCGCGGACCACUCCGACUUUGCCAUAAAGUGGCCCUGGAGACCAUACAAAGAAAAGUCGGCGCUAGUCAAGAAAAUCGCCAACGUGUACGAGAAGCCUUUGCCAAACGACGACGCUCAGCGGCAAUUUACUGGCUGGCAGAAUGCCAUCUUUUACUCUUUUGACCCCAUCGCUCUGCGCGCUAUUGCUCCCUUUCCACAUGUCGUCAAAUCCAUUGGCGACAAGGCCAAAACUUUUGGCGCUCUUGUAAUUCAUGGAUCAAUUGAUCUCGGCUCAGCAAGCGAUUCGAGUUCCCAACUUUCGAUUGGUUUGUCGCUGUGCAUUCGCAAGUCUCUCGGUAAGCGAGACCAUAAAGCCUGCAUCGUGACCGGGGUCAAGGGACUUGUUGGCUACACACGGAUCAUUUCCCCCCAGCUCUUCUCUGCGGACCUACCAAAACUCGAGUCCGUUCUGCAAAUCGCAGACUGCUACUUCAACAAGAGUUUUCGAAAUUAUCUCCACAAGUGUGUCGCUGACCUCCGCAUGGAGGGAGACAAGAACUGGAACGCGCUCUCUCUGAGCCCCGAUCUCCGCGACCUUUUUGAGAAGGGCAUGGUCGGCUUCGAGCCCGUGUGUGUGGCGGCCCACCGAUCACUUCCUGUCAAGAGAUACUUGGCGACAUUUUCGUUUCAUGUUCUGGAGCGAAGCCAAAUCAAUUGCUACAAGAGGGCCGCGCCUGGCGACGGUUGCCUUGACCAGAUGCUACCCUCUGCAGACAAGGCCGGGAAUGCGACAUCUGCGUGCGACGCCGAUCAUGAGCGGCUCAACGCCUGUCGGCUGAACGACGGCAAAAUGAUUCAGAUUCGGUUUCAAAACAAAUUGAAUGCCCAGAAGAUGCUCUGCCUGCUGGCCCUGCGCUGGGCCGCUGGUUCGAUGUGGUAUCUGGCGGGAGCUGCAGGGGCCAGGCCUGAUGGCUAUGGUUUUGAAAGCGAAAGCGAUACGGACCUCGAUGACAUGGCUUGGAUUGUCAUAGAGUAA